UAAACUGACUGACUACUAACUUAGCAGGAGCGUGUCAGGAGGACGUCAUUCAACGCCCCUCCCAAGCCCUCUUGGCGCGCCAAGAUGCACCCCAGCCAGCAUCGCCGGCUCCCGGCACCCGCGCGCACAUUCUGCGCACUGCGCUUGACACUGCACAGCCCUGCGGCGACGGGCCCGCUGGGGGCAUUCUUUGCUCGCCCUACAGUAGGGUUCCUCGACUGCUUAAUAGCGUCGUCCCCUCCGCCGAUUGUCUCGCUUUCCCAGUCUCGCCAUCCUCUUUACGCCACUCCCGUAUACACACAAACAACACAACUGGAUUUUGUCCACGUCGCGAAAGCGCAGUAUCGUCAGAACUACCUCCUGCGCCAACACGACCCAGUCAGAAAGUACUUCCCAACAACCGCGUCCGCACACAUACGUCAGAUGGCCCCACACCCAGAUCUCAUUGCCAACCUGGCCGAGCGCGCCUACUGCCCAUACGGCUAUGGCUACGGCGGUGGCUGCUACUCGACCUGGGACUACUACGGCCGCUGGAUCUUUGCCGCCGUCGCAAUCUUUGUCUUCAUUGUCGUCCUCUUCAUCUGGGCCUGCAUAAACUCUCGCCGUCGUCGCAGGCAAGGAGUCCAACCAAUGUACGGAACCGGCUGGAUGGCCAACAACAACCGCUACGGCCAGCACCAGCAGAACAACCCCAACGUCUACUACCCGCCGCCCCCGGCCUAUGGCGCUCCCCAAGGCCAGUCGUACCCGAUGCAGAACCAGGACACGGGCGCCACAUUCCGCACCGCCGACGGCUACUACGGCAACGGUCACCAGGAGGGCGUGCAGAACAACAAGAAUGGCGGUGGCGACUAUGCGCCGCCCCCUGGCCCGCCGCCCGCGCAUACUCGCCCGUAAGCAGUGCGUUGUCGUAUGGCGGGGAGGUUAACAAGAGCGCUGGAAGAGUUCGAGGGAACCACGCAGCGUCGCAGUCGCUCACACAUGAUCACGCUUGCUUAUAUGCGUCAUUACGAGUCAUGGCGACAAAUCACCAGAUGUACAAGACCAGGGAGAGGUCCAUUGUUUUCAUAGCCAAAUGUUAUACCCUUAGCACCGUUUGAUAGAGAUCUGACCCUGAUGGUUUUGCGGAAUGUUAUUUCUGAGCACCAGGAUAAACAAGACGCCAAUAAUAUGAAUCACGAAAA